GUUUACCAGAUUUAUUAAUUCGUUUCUCUUGAUUCAGAGGUUUAGCAGUAAUUUUUGGCCCUUCAGGUACCUGUUGAUGGAAGUUUGAUUUCCUUACUACAUUGAUAUGAGUUUUGACGUGCAAUAAAAUGAAGAAUGAUGCAUUAAUUUUUCUUAGAAUGAAGUGUUGGAGCAAUCAAUUAACUGUUGAAAGAUAGAUUUAGGUGGAAAUUGUAAAAUGUGAUGCUGUAAUUAUGCUUGCCUUUGUUAUACUACAUUUGAUAAAUAUGGUUUACUUAAAUUGCUAACAUUUGUUGAUGAAAGGUCUAUUCAAUUUUCUGGUUGUACAUUUAGUAUUUGAUGUCUUUUGUGUACUAAUAUGAUUACUGUUUUCAUGUGCUGUAGGAUACAUGGCAUGCAAUCGAGCAUCCAAGUAGAAACAUUGGCGCAAGUGAAAGAUCCUAUGGAAUCUGUAAAGGACCUUUAUGAUGGAGAGAACACAGUAUAAUGAUACUAGGAGCAUUUCUGUUUUCAGUAUCGAGAUGUCUGUAAUAUAAUCAAGAAUGAUAGUUCUUUCCGAAGAAUUGGAUUGAAGGAGUUUUAUGAAUACAGCAUACUUUGGAGGAUUAUGGGAACCAAGAAGGAAUUUCGAGUGAAGCUUGCACAAUUGCUGAUACGGUUUGGAUAACAAACUUCACGGCCUGAAUGCAUUAUCUUUUUAUGCUUGUGAAAUUAUCAUAAUGGGUUAUAAGUAUACAAAGAAGAUCCCAUUUAGGAAGGCUAAGGUUUAACCAAUAAUGAAAUGCAUUAAAUUCUGGGAUCCUGAGAUCACAGUAAAAUCAACAUAGUGUAACGCUGUCAUUCCUCAAAGUGGCUUAGUAAGUUUUUGGGCACUUGUUGUCCGGUUAUUCUACUGUACUUUCUUUAUGCAGUGCUGUUCAUACCUUUUUUACUUUGGGAAAUUAGGACUAUUCAGAUAGAGUACGCAGAUGUGAAAGAGGUCCUCCUGCAAGCUGCUCAUAAAGCUCCUGUUGGAGCCCUUGGCUUCCGAGUUCAAUACAACAAAUGGGGCAUCAUAGCUUGGUUGCUACUUGGAGAUACACCAGAGAAAGGUGUCUUCAUGGAGAAAGGCAUGAGAACAGUUUGAGGCCAUACUUUGAGCAUACAAAUGUUGCAGUUGAGAGCAUUGUAGCCAAGGCAAUCCCUGAUGGUGCCUUAGAUGCAACUUUGGACCGUGCAACUGGAUGGAUGGUAUCAAAGGAGAUUGGGGAUGUAUAUUCCACAAAUGAACCUCAAUCUGCUUUCAAGUCGAGGAUUGCCUUCUGCCUCAACAUGCAUAAUGAGGCUGUGCGCGCACUGCGAUUAUCUCCAAAUUCACAUAAGAGGGAAAAGUGAAGUGCAGAAAAGAGGAGGGAGAGACAACAACAGGAGCAGGACUUCGAAAAGCAUUUUGAUAUCUUUUUUACUUGGGAAAGAUUAGGGCUAUUGAGUACACUGAUGUGUAAGAGAGCCUCCUGCAAGCUGCUUGUAAAGCUCCUGUCGGAUCCCUUGGCUUCUGAGUUCAAUGCAACAGAUAAAAGUGUCUUCAUGCUGAAAGAUGUGAAAACAGUUUUGAGCAUAUACUUUAACCUAUCAGACAAAAAAUGCACUGCUGAACCAGACUCUUAGCUGUUAUGAAAGGGAAAAUCGAUAAGCUGCAGGAGGCUCGAAAGAACUAAUCAAUGUGCCGGAAUGAAUGGGUAAUCGUGCCGCCGUUCUAGUUAACAGAAUAUGUGAACCGGAUCCUGAGGCUGCUUCAGUUUGCAGUUUAUAGGAAGAUCAUCUUAUGAGGCAGAAGUACUUUGACUGGUUCUUGCGCUAAAACUAGCCUGAAUCUGGCUAGAAAGGAUGACAAAUGUGAGUUGCAGCUCCAGUCCUUCCAGUUUGAUUGCCAUUAUGUCGAUAUCAAUCUUUGUGUCGUUUUUCAUAUGUUCACAUCAUGAUGUUCCGUGUAUUCUGGUUCCCAACAUGUAUUAGUGUUCGAUUUUGUGUUUGUGUUAUCUGACGCUCUAUUGCGUUGCUUUCAAUCUCAACUUAUCUCAUGUUGGCGUUGUUUGGUUCUCACCACUAUAAACUGCUGUCCUAUUCAUGUCUCAAUUUAUGAGUUGGCAAAUUGUGUAGGAUAUUCUCAUGCCAAAAGGUCCUGUAACAUUUUCUUUCAUUGAUAUGACUGAAAUGCACAGUUGUAAGUUUCUGAACAGGGCAAAAAAUAUUGGAAAUGUAUAAUCUGUCUGCUUGAUUGACGAUUCGGCGUUUCAUGA